AUGUCCAUAUUGGUUUCUUUUAGCCUUUAUAACCUAAAGUCAGUCACCUUGAACAAUGGAUUCCCUUCAAAUAUCAAACUAGAUUCUAUAUAUUCAACAUUUGUUACAUUUACCUCUGAUAUACCGGAUACAUUCUUUAAUCCGUCAUUUAAAAGUAUUUAUUUGGGAGCAUGUGGAUUCGAUCAAUCAACAAAUAGUAUAAAGUUCAAUGAUACAAGGAUAUAUCCAAGGUUGGAGAAUAUUCAUAUAAGUUUCCCCUACGGUGGCAGUGGAAUCCUUACUCCAUUCUCAUUGAACCAAACCCAAUUCCCGGUACUAAAGUCAAUAUACUUUACACAACCAUCUGUGAUUCCUCUUAAAGUCUUCAUCAACUGUCCUAUUGAAAGAGUUAAUAUUGAAGUCAAUGCUACUAUUACAUUUGGAAGCAUUACUCAAUCAUCAGUACAACAAUUAUACUUGUUGAUACCAAAGCUCAUCCCGAACGACUUAUCAUCAUUCCCCAAUCUAACAGACUUGGCUAUAAACAUGGAUGAUGGGGCUAAUACCAUUGUAGACGCACCAAAGUUGGAUUUGUUAUCAUACACAAACUCUAUUGGAUUGACUACAUUCCCAUUAGCAUCAUGGUUCAAAUCAGAUAGUGUUGUUAUUAUAACAAAUAACAUAAAUUUGAUUGGUCCAGUACCUGAUCUCCUAGUUGGAAGCAUUCCAAAUCGAAUGAUAUGUGAUGGCAAUACACUGUUGGAUGGUGCACUCCCCCAAUCAAUAUGUCAAGUACCUACCUUCUCAUUCAAGAACACCAAGAUCAAGACUGGUCCCGAUUGCAUCUAUUGCUUUUGGUCAACUAUGAGUCAAUACCUACCAGCGACAUACCCAGCUCCAACACCAUCAUUCAUUUGUGAUUGGGGCAUUGACACAGAUUACUACAUCCUCACACCAACAAUCCAAACAAUCACUAUCUAUGGAAGGAACCUUGGAUGGAAUGAAUCCGACUGUUCGCCAUCCUCACUCAACAUGAUCACUCCAAACACUCAAUUCAAGUACAUCCCGUCGGAACCCCAAGGAACCGCUCUGUUAACAUUCUCUCAAAUGUUCAACAUGAACAAGACAAUCACAUGGGUAACCGAUGUAACGACCAUUAAUAGCUCAUUUGGUGCGAUGGAUAAUGUAUCAAAGACAUUCAAAGUUAGGAUUAAUGGUAGAUUCGAUACAUUAUUCAAUUAUAAUGCUACUAUUGAUGGAGCGGAAUGUACAAUCUUGAACAUCACCGAUACCUUUAUAACAUGUCUAGUCACAUCACCAAUCGAAGUAACCAACUACCUCAAAGGUAUACUAUGGAGCAAGUACCAACCAUUCAAUUUCAAUCCAUAUACACAAGUUCCAGGUCAACUUGCUGUUGGAUAUGCCAACAUCACCAUCAUCAAUGAUGAUCAUAUCUUCACAUCAAACUCCCUUUUAGAGAUUGUCACUGGUUCACCUGUAGUGGAUUGUGGAGUUGGUAUCCCUUGCAAUGGCAAUGGAGUAUGUGGCCCUGAUGGAGUGUGUGAUUGUUAUGAUGGCUUUGGUGGAUAUUAUUGUGAAUCUCGUCUUAGUCCUGGCGUGAUCAUUCUGCCAAACAACACUUCUCCAGAUGUUGUGAUACUCACAAAUGUAUCAAGUCUAUUCCAGUUCAACAUAAUAGCCGUACAGGAACUUGACUACAAUGGAGUGAUGGUCAAAGAGUUGUUGACCAAUGACUGGGACUACAACACAACUACCAACACAUCUCUCAUAGUACAUGAGUACUUGCAACAAUCAGGAUCAGUGGCAGUUCGAGUCGAGAUCAUUCAAUUCUUAAAGUCAUACUCCAUUGACUUUGCUGGCACGACCAACAAGUACUCAAGCGAUCAACUCAAGCUCACAGUGUCCAUUGAUGGAUGGACCUAUCAAUCAAUCCUCAACACACUACGCGUUGUCUUUCAACACAACUCCAAUCUCAAUGAGUCGGGUGACGGAUGUGUCUCACCUCAGGUCGAGUUGGGUACUGUCAGUGGACCUGGCGGCGACUCAUUGCGCUACGUCAAGAUUGUCAACGCAAGCAGUGGAGUGGCAUACUAUGGUCACUUCCUCCCGUACGCUCUGUCAGAUGGUCGACCAGCUAUCUCUAGGACAAUGAUCAUCAACUCGACGGCCGACUCUACAUUGCUCGGUAUCACACUACCUCAAUGUACAAGUUGUAUAAUAGAUCCAGACUUCUCAGUAUUGUUGAGCGUUGACAAUAGUGGAGGUGUAGGUGGACGUUGCCAAGUUACAUCCAAAUCCAAGACAUGGAUAAUCAUUGUAGCAGUAGUAGGUGGAGGUGUACUAUUAGCCGGUACUAUCUUGGGUAUCUUCAUGCUAAUAAGGAAGAGGAACAAGUUCAGACAACAGAAUGCGAUGAUGGAUAAUAGACUUAAGCAGAUACAUGCAUCAAAACGAGAAAUCUAA